CAUUUACUGAUGGCUGCCUUAGGAAUGAGUGUAUGCCCUAGUUGGCCCCGAGAGAGGAGGGAAAGACUACGGGAAUCUUCCUCCCCAAAGGGACCUGCGUCUGGGCACCUCCUGCCGCCCAUUGUGACGCGCGCGGGCUCCUGGUCCCCGAGAGACAGGCGGCAGCGGCGGCGGCGGGCGGAGCUCGGGGAGCCAUGGCCGAGACGCAGGAGCUGCUGCUGCAGCUGCAGAAGGACAACCGCGACGGGCGCCUGAGGAAGCAGGAGCUGGAGGAGCUGGUGCGCGGGCUCGAGGCGGAGAGCGAGAGCCUCACCGGCCGCCUGCAGGACCUGCGCGAGCGCGAGCGCGGCCUGCAGCGGAGGCAGAGCCAGGCGGCGGGCACCCUGGGCGGGGAGGCGCGCGAGGCGGCGCGGGAGCGUGCGGAGCGGGCGCGCGGCCUGCUGGAGGCCGCGGAGCAGCGCAAGCGGGACCUGGAGCAGCACAACCGGCAGCUGCAGGAGCAGUGGGAAGAGCUGUCAAGUCAGCUGUUUUACUACGGAGGCGAGCAGCAGAGCCUGCAGCACCAGGAGCAGCAGCUCGAGACCCAGCUGUUAGCGCUGCAGAAACAACUGGAGUUGCUGGAGGCCAAGCAGGCCGUGCAGGCGGAGGGCCUGCGGCAGGGCGCACAGCGGACCGAGGAGGCGUGGGCCAGCUUCCAGGAGCAGAGCGGAGUCCUGCAGGAGCUGCAGGGGAAGGUAAUGGAGGCGGCGGCUGCGCUGGAUGCCUCGCGAGCCAGCAAGGAGCUCUUCAACGCCCAGCCGCGCCGCGGGCCGGACUGCGCGGGCUCCCUCAUGGAGGAGGUGGCCAAGGCCGAGUGUAAGAAGCGCCUGUUCGGCGGUGCGGGCGCCGUGGGCGCCAGGCUGUGGGCGCUGAGCGCGCUGCAGGUGCUGCUGCUGGUCCCGCUCGGCGUCCUGGCGCUGCCGCUGCUCUACCUGGUGCUGGUCAACCCCGCGGCCCUGCGCCGCCUGCUGCCGCGCGUGGGCUCCGCCGCCGCCUUCCGCCGCCUGCGCUACACGCUGUCGCCGCUGCUCGAGCUGCGCGCGCGCGGGCUGCUGCCCGCCUAGGACCCAACACGUCGGCCUUGGUCACCUCACCCGUCUCCGCGUGGUUUUUGGGCGUCUGGGGGGCCCUGGGGAGGCUCCUGGGGGGGCCCUGGGGAGGCUCCUGGGGGCGGGCCGUGCGCUCCUCGGCCCGGCGCCGGCUCUGGCACCUCGUCCUCUGGGCACGGGCCUUCCAGGCGGACCUUGCGGCUAGAGAGGCCGUUGGGCGCCCCGCGGCACCGGGGCUCCCCGGGCCGGUCCUCCAGCUUGGGCAGGGCGCCCCCUCUCGGCGCUCGCUCGCUCCCAGGGGCUCCGGGCGGCCCCGCGGGAAGACGCUUUCCUAAUGGCGUCGGCUGCUGCCUGCAGGACGUUGGUCUGUAUCUCCUUACCUCCUGCAGCGGAGGGUUGGUGUCUGUGGCGGUCUGUUUCCUCCACCCGCCGCGGGUGGGGGUUAGAACCCCCUACGGCGCCCCUUUGCUGGUUCUCUCUCCACGUGGGCUCUCCAAGAGGCAGGACACUUGGGCAGCUUCCCAGGGGUCCGCUUCUGUGUCCCUGUUCGCCACUUGGGUUUUUUCGUUCAGGGAAUGAUGGCCCUUCCUUUGUAUCAUCUUGUCUGAUACAAACACUGCUCGAUUUUAUUUACGGUUUUCCUUCGGUGGUGAAAUGGUUCAAUGGAGCUCCUUGUGUGGACACACGAGUUCGUGUUGUGGCCUUGAAACCAGUGCUUUCUUGUUGAUUUGUACUCCCUAGGUUUUGUUUUGUUUUGUUUUUGGCUUAAAUUUGUUUAUGGAAUUCUUAUCAAAUUUUCAAAUUUUAUCAAAUUUAAGAAUUUUGUGCAGGGUGUCCUAAAAAAAUCCAUUCUUGCCUGUAAGUCACAAAGACAUCCUUACACUUGAA